GGUGAUUCCCACCCCUAUAUUUUACCCACAAUGCCCUAACCCACCGUCGUAGACCAGAGACUCACCUGAGAACCACUAAGACCUGGUUUCCCAUCCACAGGUACAUGUACUGGACCGAGUGGGGCGGGAAGCCAAAGAUCGACCGGGCGGCGAUGGACGGGACGGGCCGGAUCACUCUGGUGGCCGACGUGGGCCGAGCCAACGGACUCACCAUCGACUACGCCGAGCGGCGCCUCUACUGGACCGACCUGGACACCACGCUCAUCGAGUCCUCCAACAUGCUCGGUCAGGACCGAGAGGUGAUAGCAGACGACCUCCCUCAUCCUUUCGGCCUCACCCAGUACCAGGACUACAUCUACUGGACCGACUGGAGCCAGCGCAGCAUCGAGCGGGCCAACAAGACCAGCGGCCAGAACCGCACGGUGAUCCAGGGCCACCUGGACUACGUCAUGGACAUCCUGGUGUUCCACUCGUCCAGACAGGCCGGCUGGAACGCCUGCGCCUCCACCAAUGGACACUGCUCCCACCUCUGCCUCGCCGUGCCCGUCAGCAGCUUCGUCUGCGGAUGCCCCGCCCACUUCUCCCUCAACUAUGACAACAAGACGUGCAGCGCUCCGACCUCCUUCCUGUUGUUCAGCCAGAAGACAGCCAUCAACCGCAUGGUGAUGGACGAGCAGCAGAGUCCGGAUAUCAUCUUGCCGAUCCACAGCCUGAGGAACGUCAGAGCCAUCGACUACGACCCGCUGGACAAGCAGCUGUACUGGAUCGACUCCAAGCAGAAUGUGGUCCGCCGGGCUCAGGAGGACGGGAACCAGAGUAUGACGGUGGUCUCCAGCUCCCUGGGGGGACCCAGUCAGGGUCUGCAGCUCUACGACCUGAGCAUCGACAUCUACAGCCGCUUCAUCUACUGGACCAGCGAGGUCACCAACGUCAUCAACGUCACCCGGACCGACGGCAGCAGAGUCGGGGUGGUUCUGAGAGGAGAGACGGACAAACCCAGAGCCAUCGUGGUCAACCCGGAGAGAGGGUACAUGUACUUCACCAACCUGCUGGAACGUUCUCCGAAGAUCGAGCGGGCGGCGCUGGACGGAACGGAGCGAGAGGUUCUGUUCUUCAGCGGUUUGGGGAAACCCGUCGCUCUGGCCAUCGACAACGAGGCGGGGAAGCUGUUCUGGGUCGACUCGGACCUGAGACGCAUCGAGAGCAGCGACCUCUCUGGAGCCAAUCGGAUCGUGAUCGCAGACUCCAACAUCCUGCAGCCGGUGGGCCUGACGGUGUUCGGGAACCACCUGUACUGGAUCGACAAGCAGCAGCAGAUGAUCGAACGCAUCGACAAGACCACGAGGGAGGGACGCACCAAGAUCCAGGCCCGCAUCGCCUACCUCAGUGACAUCCACGCUGUCCACGAGCUGGACAUGAGGGAGUACAGUAAACACCCGUGUACGUGGGACAAUGGCGGCUGCUCCCACAUCUGCAUCGUGAAGGGAGACGGGACGACUCGCUGCUCGUGUCCCGUCCACCUGGUGCUGCUGCAGGACGAGCUGUCCUGUGGAGAGCCCCCCACCUGCUCCCCGGAGCAGUUCUCCUGCACCUCCGGAGAGGUUGACUGCAUCCCUCAGGCCUGGAGGUGCGACGGUUUCCCCGAGUGUGACGACAGCAGCGAUGAGGAGGACUGUCCCGUCUGCUCCGAGUCAGAGUUCCAGUGUGACAGCCGGCAGUGUAUCGACCUGAGCCUCCGCUGCAACGGGGAGGUGAACUGUCAGGACCGGUCUGAUGAGAACAAGUGUGAAGUACGCUGUCCUCCGGACCAGUUCACCUGCUCCAAUGGUCAGUGCAUCGGGAAGCACAAGAAGUGUGACCACAACAUGGACUGUACGGACAACUCUGAUGAGAUCGGCUGCUGUGAGUCUAUUAACAGAUAUUAGAUACACUACGUCACCACUGUUAACAAUAAUAAAACAUAACACAGGAUGCUGCUCAUCUCUUUAAGUGUUCACGUCUUUAGUUUCAUAAAGUUAUAGAAAACUAAAUAAUAAAACUUAAUAAUAAUAAAUAAUAAGCAUGUGUUUAUACAUGUAAUCGUUUACUAUGGAGGACCAAGGCUGUCAUUACAAGAAACAAAGGAACAAAGAAAUGUUCAAUUAUCAAAUAAAUGUGCAGGUCGUUUAAAAACAUGAAUUAGAAAUUAAAGCUGCAAGCAGCGAUGUACGGGCCCUCGCACCUUCCCGCGUCUCGGGGGUACUGGCGGAACGCUGGCAGACGCGGCGGUGAAUGUCUUUGACCAUCGGACAACGCGUCCCGGAGUUGAACGUAUUUUUCCAGCGUGGACUGUGUGACGCUGGAAAUUAUGUAGUGCAAAUAUUACACCACUU